AUGGGUCUGAAAGAAGCUCAGAACUAUCCGGAAGACUUUGAUGGCAUUCCCGCAGGCGCUCCAGGCUGGUGGGAAACUCGCCUACUACCGUUUCUAGUUCGGCAAGAUUUUCUUAAUCUACCGUCCCCGGCGCCAGGCCACCUCACAGCGCCAAUGUUCUUGUUGCUUCUGCAGGAAAUGGUUACUCAGUGCGAUCCUCAGGAUGGUGUAACCGAUGGUAUCAUCAUGCAACCGACAAGCUGCAAUUUCUCCCCGGAAGCCUUGUUAUGCAGCCCUGACAGGACCAAGGCUUCAGGCUGUUUCAAGCAGCCACAAAUUGAUACAAUCAACCGCCUGCUGAAUGACUGGACCGACUCCAAAGGCAAUCUCAUCUUUCCAGCACUCGCAAUGGGAUCUUACUUUAGAAACAAUUCAGACGUUCAGGACGCACUCGCACAUAUUGCUACGACAUACAUCGUCAAUAUGCUGCUCAAUGAUACCAAUUGGGACUGGAGAACGUUCAACGACAGCCUUGUUUUGCUAGCGGACAGAAUUGAUCCCUGCAACGCCAAUACAGAUCAAUUCGACAUGACGCCAUUCAAGCAACGCGGCGGAAAAAGUAAUUCACUAUCAAGGAUUGAGCGACGAGUACGUUCCGCCACGAGUGAGCAUCUACUUUUACAACAAUGUCGUCGAGUCCAUGGGCCAAUCAGCUUCAGACUUCUACCGGCUGUUCCUCAUCCCUAG